UCAAGUAAGAAUGCAUUGGAUGCACAUGGUGUUAGUGUAAAUUUAACCUGAAACGUGAAGCGUGGAACAUACUGAAUUCGCAUUAUAUUUGUUACAAUAUAUUGUAUAUAUUAUAAGAAAUUGUGAAGUUCUUAUAUUAUCAUAAAGUAGUAACACAUUCUUGAUAAAAUGCCUAAAACACACGUCACCAAUAAAGCCCCGCGAAAGCAGGGCUUUAAACGCUCUGGACACAGUAUGAAUCCUGAACGUCCUACAGAAGGAUUAAAGGGAGUUGCUAAAGUGAGAACCAAAGCAACUAUUAAAAGAUUGCAAAUGUAUCGCAAUCAGAAGCCCAAACGUAAUCGUGCUGGAAAGAUUAUUAGUCCCGCACCGUUUCAAAGCUGGAAUGCUUCUGGAACCAUGUCGCGCAUAGAACCAUCACAAAGGUGGUUUGGUAACUCAAGAGUCAUCUCACAGAACGCUCUGCAAAAAUUUCAGAAUGAAUUAGGAAGUGCUAUAAAGGAUCCUUAUAAAGUUAUCAUGAAAUCUACUCAAUUGCCUAUAACUUUACUUCAACAGAAGGCAGCAAAUGCAAGAGUACAUCUGUUGGAUACAGAGAGUUUUGAGAGUGUUUUUGGUCCAAAGAAAGUUAGAAAGAGACCAAAUUUAGCAGUAACAUCGUAUGACGAAAUGAAGAAAUUGGCUGACGAAAAGGAGGAUAUUUAUAACAAGGAGAAAGACUCCAAAGACUUGGAUCUUGUUCGGGAAGAUACCGGUGUAAAGGAUGCGCCAAGAGACUGGAUUAUGUCGGCGGGACAAAGCAAGAGGAUAUGGAAUGAAUUGUACAAAGUCAUUGAUUCCUCCGACGUAGUUCUGCAGAUAUUGGAUGCGAGGGAUCCAAUGGGAACAAGAUCUCCCCCCGUGGAAACAUAUCUAAAAACGGAAAAAUCUUAUAAACACCUAAUGUUUAUCCUAAAUAAAGUGGACCUGGUGCCGACAUGGGUCACGCAAAGAUGGGUGGCGAUUCUAAGCAAGGAAUAUCCAACNNUUGCCUUUCAUGCUUCCUUAACGCAUCCCUUCGGCAAAGGCUCUCUGAUAAAUCUAUUAAGACAAUUCGCAAAAUUGCAUGUCGACAAGAAACAGAUUAGUGUGGGUUUCAUAGGAUAUCCUAAUACAGGAAAGAGCUCAAUCAUAAAUACUUUGCGUUCUAAAAAAGUGUGCAAAGUAGCGCCUAUAGCUGGAGAGACAAAAGUGUGGCAAUACAUAACUCUCAUGCGUCGUAUCUAUUUGAUCGAUUGUCCUGGCGUCGUUUAUCCGUCGAAGGAAACCGAUACCGAGAAGGUGUUGAAGGGAGUCGUAAGAGUGGAACUUAUUCAGAACCCGGAAGAUUACAUCGUCUCUGUCCUAGAAAGAGUAAAACCCGAGUACAUACGUAAAACGUAUAAAAUAGACAAAUGGAAUGAUCAUAUCGAUUUUCUGGAAAAAUUGGCGCACCGAAGCGGCAAGCUUUUGAAGAAAGGAGAACCCGACAUUACAAUCGCCGCUCGUAUGGUAUUAAACGAUUGGCAACGCGGUAAAUUACCAUUUUAUGUUCCACCAGCGGGCUUUGAAGAACCGUUGCACAAACAAGCACUUGAUAAUGCAAAUGAGACGGUUAUCAGGCAAGAUAACGCACCAAGCAAUGAAGAUAUACAAACAAUUGAUAACUUAUCUUCAACAGAACAAUUAAAAAAUCAAGUAUCAGUGAUGCAAGACUUCAGAAAAAUACGUGUUGGAUUGCCGUAUUCCGGCGAUGAUGUUAAAAACGAUUUAGAAGAGAAUAAAUCAUUCGAUGAAAGUAUCGUGGAAGAUGAAAGUGACGUAGAAAGCGAAUCAGAAGAUUCGGAUGUAGAAGAUGAUUCGCGUACAGUAAAAGAUAAAUCUGAUACAAAUCUGCAAAAAUCGAAAAAUUUGAACGAUCAAGAUAAUAAAAAACAUUCUCUAGAAAACAGUAAGAAAGAUGAUAUCAUUAAAACUAAUGAUGGGAAUGCAAAUAAAGAAGAAUCUGAUACAGAAGCAGACGAUCAAUAUUCAGAUACGGAAAUUCGUUUACCUAUUGAACAAGAUAAUCUGAAACAAAGUGCAUUUGAUGUCGUAGGCACUCAGUAUGAUUCCAGCGAUAGUGAAAUGCUUACUUCCAAGUCUACGAAUAGCGAAGGUGUUAAAGAUAAAAAAUUGACAAGCAAACAACGAAGAGCCAUGGAACGUGCUAGUAAAAGGAAAAAGAUAGGAAGCAAUUUCUACGAAGUCGCGAAUGUGAAGAAUAGAAAUAGAAACAGAAAAGUUCCGAAGACCAAAAGAAAGUAAUAUAUUGGUCCUCAAAACAAAUUGCAUCUCUAUUCUGUGCGGAUAUUUGAAGAAUACACAGCAUUAUAACAAAAUAUAUUUUAUAUUUAUCAAGGUUUGUUAAAAAAUACAUUCAUCUUCUUUUUCUAUAAUUUAUCCUCUAUGUUUUUUAUCAAUCUUAUCAUUCGAUAUGCAAGAUAUAGAAUAAAAUAACGUGUAUGUACAGUAACAAUUGGUUGCGUUGCGUUACUCCGCGUAUAUGUAAUAAUGAACGAUACGCAAUUUUGUAUAUAAAAUAGUCAAUACUCUAAAAAGCA